AUGGGAAGAGAAUUGACUACGUACCCAGAGCAUGCAUGUGUGAAACCAAAACCCAUGGCUUAUUACAACAAUCCAGCAAAUUUACAGUAUUACCAAGGGACUCUUCCCGAAACAAAUUCCUAUGCUGCACAGGCACGAUCUUCUGGGUUUUAUGAUGAGCCUUUAAGUGAACCUCUAAGCCAAGGUUGGCUCGCUGCAUUUUCUACCGGUGGAUACCCAGGAGAACCCUCAUUGCUUGAGGAAUUAGACAUCAAUUUCGGUCACAUAAAACAAAAAACCACACACGUACUGAAUCCCUUCAAACAUGUAGAUGUUCAUAUAAUGGAUGACACUGAUAUGGCUGGCCCGGUGCUAUUCUGUUUGUUAUUCAGUACCUUUCUCUCCUUACACGGUCGAUCCCAUUUUGGAUAUAUUUAUGGAAUAGCUCUACUCGGUUCACUCAGUUUGCAUCUCGUUUUACGCUUAAUGUCUGCGAGGAACUUAUUUUACACCCGCACUGUCAGCGUCUUGGGAUACUCUUUGCUUCCCUUGGUAGUAGUAGCCUUUUUUAAAAACUUGAUAUCUUUUAACGGAAUUCUGGGAUAUGUCUGUGCUGCUUUUGCAUCUAUAUGGAGCACAUAUGCUGCCAGUGCUAUGUUUGUUGCCAUUCUCCAAGUCAACAAUAUGCGCUUCCUUGUCGCCUAUCCCAUUGCUCUAUUUUACGCCGUAUUUGCUGUCGUUACUGUUUUUUCAAAAUAA